UAAACAACCGUCCCAGGCGAGCCCCACCUCUCCCCGCGCUCCCACGCGGAAGGAGAGGGACGAGCGAGCGAGCCACAGCGAGCGCGGUUACAAGAAAAAUCCAAUCUCUCCCCGCCCCCCCGGCUCGUUUCGAUUCGCGCCAUGGAGGCGCAGGCGCAGGACAACAGGGCGGAGGAGGGGGACGGCGCGCGGCAACACCACGCGGCGGGCGGCGUCGCGACGGCGACAGCGGCAGCGGGGAUGGCGAUGGGCGCGAUCCCCAUGCACGGGUUCAUGGUGCCGAAGCCUGAGCCGGUGGAGUUCUUCGGCGGGAUGGCCAUGGUGCGGAGCAAGCCGCCGCCGCGGAACCGCGACCGGCACACCAAGGUGGAAGGCCGGGGGCGGCGGAUCCGCAUGCCCGCGGCGUGCGCGGCCAGGAUCUUCCAGCUCACGCGGGAGCUAGGGCACAAGUCGGACGGCGAGACCAUCCGGUGGCUGCUCCAGCAGUCGGAGCCCGCCAUCAUCGCCGCCACGGGCACCGGCACGGUCCCCGCGAUCGCGACCACGGUCGACGGCGUGCUCCGCAUCCCCACGCAGUCGUCCUCGUCCUCCAGCCCCUCGUCGCUCACCACCGUGGUCGACGGCGACGAGGCGUCCGCCGCCAAGCGCCGACGGAAGCUGCAGCCCACGCGGGCCGCGGCCGGCGCGUCCCCGCUCGCCACCGCUGCGCCCGCGGCGGCCUACUACCCGGUCAUCGCUGACCCACUCCUGCAGGGCACCGGCGGAGCGGCCAUCUCGGUGCCGAGCGGCCUCGCCCCCAUCACCGCGUCGGGCGCCCCUCAAGGACUCGUCCCGGUCUUCGCGGUCCCUGCGACUGGCAGCCCCGGCGGUGGCGGCGGGAACCGCAUGAUCCCGCAGGCCACCGCCGUGUGGAUGGUGCCCCAGCCUGGCGCCGCGGCGGGUGGCGUCGCGGGCACCCAGCCCACGCAGUUCUGGGCCAUCCAGUCCGCGCCGCAGCUCAUCAACAUCGGUGGCGCGCAGACCGCCGUGUUCCCCGCGGCGGUGAACGUCGCGGACUUCCAUCAUCAGCAGCAGCAUCAGCCCAUCUCCAGCAUGUCUCACAACAGCAACUCGGAGCAGCUGCACCUGCAGCAGUCCCACGAGCAGCAGCGCGACCAUCCGGAGGAGGACGAUGACGACGACGACGACGAGCCGGUGUCCGACUCCAGCCCAGAAGAGUAAACACGCCACACCGUACGCCCGCCCAGAAAGUCCAACCCCCCCCCCCCCCCCCCCCAAAGCUUAGGUUCCUUUUGCUCUAAUUUUAAUCUCUCCCCCUUUUUUCUCCCCCUUUUGCAAUCCUCCUUAUGAUGAACUACAUGAUGCUUUCUGUCGUAGCAGCUCACGUUCAGUGACCCCCCAGUGUUUAGUGGUAGGGAGAAGAAGAAGAUGAUAAAAAGAGGUAGUAGAAGCAGCGUGUAAUGCAAAUGAAAUUGAGCAGCUGAUUUGUUAUUAUUGAGUUAAUUAACGACCUUUUGCUAAUCUAAUACUACACGUUUUUGUAC